GUUAAGUUGAAGGACGGAUGUUGAAUGUGUAUCAUAGUACUUCAAAUAUACGUGAAUGCAAUAACAAUUUUGACUCCAUUUUUAGGUGUAAUUUGUAAAGUCAAUUUCGACACUGCAUUCACUCAUUCAUUCUGAUUUCUUCGCGGGAAGGAUGUUAGUCUCGACAAAGAUCCGCUAAGGGCAAGCCUUAGACAUCUGUCACUGAUGUCAACCCCAUUAGAAAAAAUUGGGUUGUGGUUAUCUCUGAUUUGAAAUCAAGAUCUCGGGACCAAGUAUUGAGAUGACAGUUUGCAGGUUGAUAUGCCCAAGGGUUCAUACUAUGCAAAAUAGCAGAGGAAUAUGACAGAGGUGGAGAUGUCACCUGUAAUUGAAGCAAACUGCAAGUUUCGUUGGCCACGGACUGUUGAAACAAAAGCUGUAGAAGUUUUCCUGCUGGGUGCUUUUGAUAGGGACCAGCCUAUUUGCCUGCGUUGGAGUAAGAGCAAGGAGUUGUAUGAGUCUGACUACGUCAAGGUGCCAGUGGGAGCAUAUGUGAGCCAGUUGAUGGUGGAUGAUAAAACUUAUCCUCUGGAAAAGUUUGAUGUCAGAUCCUACACAUUUGAAGUUAGUCUGGAAGUAAAAGAAGGUUCUGAAGAAAGCUCAGUAAAUACAGUGGAGACACCUGUCAAUGGAUUACUGAAUGGUCAUCUACAGCAGGACAUGGAGCCCAAGCCAGAGGAACCCCAGGGAGCCAGCAGUGCUAUAAAGCGCUCAGGACUUUACGAGGAACUAGUGCGCCAUCAAAUGACGCAUGGUGAGCCAUCGUGGACAAAAGAGGACUCUUACUCUCUAAAAUCGGAUAUAUCGGAUCGUGGAUCUGUGGAUUCAUUACGUAGCAGAGAUUCUUAUCGUGAAAGAGCUCCUAAGGAUUUGAUAACUGACAAACUACAUACUGGAGGAGACAAACUGUAUAAUGGUGGACUAAAUGAUAUUCGUAAUGUAGACAAUGGAGAAGGCAGUCGCCAUAGCAGAAGUAGAGGCAGCCAAGAUGCUUUGGAUAACUUGGAACAAUACAGUCGGCAUAGUAGCACUAGUAGCCGCGGAGCAGGCAGGGAUGAAAGUGGAUCAUAUCGUGAACGAUCUAGUCAUUACAGUGAUAGAGGGAGCCAGCAUAGCCAGGAAUACGAGCGAGGCAGCCAUCAGAGUGAUCGUGGAAGUAUUCAUAGUCAGUCAAGCAGUAGGCAGGUCAGUAGACAGGGCAGUUACAGCAGCGAGCAGGAGCUCAACCAGGUAUUUCAUUCCAAUGGCAGGGAGAGGAGACCCAGUCUAGAACGCAGAAGCUUGGAUCAGGACCAGAGCAGGGAGCAUGAUCGCGAUCGCACAUCACCAGCUGGUUCCAAGUCCAGUCACAACAGCCGAGAAGAUCCUGGGGAGGUCCACAGAAAGUCCAGCUAUCACAGCCUUCCUCCCAUGCCUACAUCACAGCGCCUCACACAGCAGGACAAGAGGAGCCUGACCCCUGAUAGCUACUCAAGAGUUCCAAGGUCAUUAGGCCAACAACCCCCUGUGAUGAGUCCCCUGGUGACCACCAGGACCACGCCCAUGUCCCCACACCCCUCAUCCCGCAGCAGCUCCAGGACAACUACACCUGUUGUUGCCAAUGGGAACCAGGAGACGGCACACAGCCGAGAGGAUUAUAACAGAGUCCAGCAAUUGGAAGAUACAGUGGCCACUUUGAAAAAACUUUUAGCUGACCGUGACGUGGAGGCAAGGCGAUAUCAGACAGACAUUGCAGAACUUUCACAAGAAAAUGGCCACUUGAAGACAGAACUGUCCACUAUGAAGAGAGCAGGAGGACAAGAAUCAUCUGCUUAUCACCAUGGUGAUGACAGGAAGGAGCUGGAGAAGAGAUUUGAUGAACUGCUGAAAGAGAAAGAAAACUUGGCAACAGAGGUGUGGAAAUUAAAGCAGGAAUUGGAGAAAAGUCAAGGGGACAGACCCAGGGAUGGCAGCGGAGAGUCUGGGCACUUGGAUAACUACAGUCCAAACAAUCCAUAUGCACUGCAGAGGAAAAUAGAGGAGCUAGAGAGCCAGAUCCAGGAUCUGCAGGAAGCCAAUGAGACGGCAGCCCUUGAGCAGAGCAAGGCGGAGAAGAGGGCGCAGGACCUGGGGGAUGAGAACGCCACUCUUAAGACAGCCACUGCAGGACACUUGCAGAAAUUACAGGCAGAGAACCAGAAACUUCAGGAACAGAUCUUGCAGUUGAAUGAGCGUAAUACAGAAUCUGUGUUGAUGGAAGACGAGGAAGAGCUAAGAAAAGAAAUUCAGAGACUAAGAACAGAAAUGCGUAAGCUGAGAGAUCAAAAUCACCAAGUGAAUGAAGAGAAUAUUUCCCUGCGAGACCAGCUACGGGACUCAAAGAGACGAGAAAAAUACCAUUCCAGAGAGAACAGCAAAAACAACGGCUAUGUGGGGCAGUUGCAGGAGGAGGACCCUCUAGGUGACAGGAGGGCGCUGAUAGAGACAGCAGAAAAGUACCGCCAAGAAAAGCUAGAGGCUGUGGCAGAGAUCAAGAGACUGAGGGAAAGAAUAGCUCAGUAUGAAAGCAAGACAGGAUAUAAAAUUCCCUCACCUCCCAAAUCGUCAGCAGACCAUGUGUCCCCGUACAGUGAUCGCAGUGAUAGUAAACGCUAUGAUCUCACCUCAGACACGCGUUACCAUGGCAGCAUGUACAGCUCUGCUCACAAGUCUUCAGGAUAUGGAUCCAGAUAUGAAGAACUGGUUGAAGAUUAUGUGAGUCCCCCAAGAGUGAAUGGAGUACACUCUUUGUACUCUGCUUAUACAGAGCCUGAGGUGCCAGUGCCACGUGUCCCCAGUCCUGCACUGUCAGACAGAAGUGACACCACGGAAUAUCUCAUGGCUCCUCAGCACACGGAGAGCCAUCAUCCUCACCUCCCUCCUCCUCCUCCUCACCACCCUCCUCUGACAUCUCACAAAACGUCUCCGUUCUAUGAUGAUAGAAGUAUGGAAGGAAAAGGUACACGGCACCAUGGGGCAUUUGUAGAUGACGAAGUUGCACCUUCUGAGUCGACCACAGAUUUGAUUAACGAAAUUCAUGGUCUGAAUAUGAACGGCCACGUGCCCAGGCCUGCCAGAAGGAAGUCCAUUGACAGCACCAGCUCUGCCUCCUCCAUCAUGAGUGACUAUGAUAAAGAGUUAGGUGUCAAGCCAUUGACAGGAUCUAGAAGUAGGCCUAGGUCGUUUGAUGUAGGGGGUAAGACCCACCGCAGUGGCUCCCCCACCUCUCCCCCCAGGGUAACAUCCCCUACAGCUGGACUGAGGUCAGUCAGUCCAUCAAUCCUGGUCACUCAGCACAACAAAGGUCUCAUUGGUCAAAAGCGUGAAGGUACCAGUACUUUGGGCAGACGUCCAUUUGCACCUCGUAGUCCUGGUGACAUCAGUCUGGAAGAUGUGAUCAAGUUUUCCCGCCAAGGAGGGAAGAUCAGCCGCGGUCUGGUUAAGUUUAUUGGACACCUACCAGGACGGAAUGACACUUACGUGGGAGUGGAGCUAGAAAAUGAAGAGGGUAAACAUGAUGGAACAUUUGAAGAUAAACGGUAUUUUAGAUGUAAACCUAACAAGGGGGUCUUUGUAGCUUUUAACAAGAUUAUCAUGGUAUACGGGAGUUAUUGACACAUAUCCAGAAGCUGUAACAUGAAAAAGCUGAUAUUUCACUGACAGAGCAACGUGGGUAUACUGGUAUCAAAUCAUGAAGAGAAAUCGUGAACAUUGCAGUUGUUGAGAAGAUGGUAAUCAGAAGGCAAUACUGCUUUCAAGCACAUCAACAUUCAAAAGUAUCUCACAUUUAACCUCUAAUAAUUAUUUGGUGGUACAAGAUCUCAGUAUAUGUGGUGUUUAAAGCCUAUGUAUUUGUCAAGUAAGAGUGACAGUGAUUAUUUUUAAGAGUACCCAAUGUAAUAUUUGCUCUUUAAACACAGGUGUAGAGUAUCUCCCUUGUUAAAGCAUGAGAACCGUUUAGUUUGAGGAUCCGUUCAUUAUUGAAAACUUGCUAGGUAUAUGGAAAGAUGAUAUGAUUCAUACUAAAACAAACGAGUGUCAGUGAUGUAUUUUUGACAUAAUUAUUUAAUUGUUAAGUCUAUGAGGAAAUUCUUGAUGAGGUGUACAGAUUAGAAAGAAUUUUUAAACUGUAAGAUGUUGAUUUAAAAAUGAUAAUAUUGACAUAAUAUACUAAAAAUUACACUAAUAAUGCUAUUUUUGAAAUAUUGUAGUAUUUAUACAUUUACUUUUUAUUUUAAUCUGUACUUACAUAUUUAUAGUACUUAAUGAACAUUUAUGGGACCAUUUCCAUUCAGAUAUACAUACAGUGUUGAAAACAAAAUUUACCAGUUUUAAAUACAGAAAAUCAGUAUUUUUAACAAUAUUUGUUCUGCAUGCUCUUCUUGAGGUAUAUUUUUUGAAAGAGGAAUGUGGUUUUUGUGAACCAGAUGUAGCAUUAUUUCAAAAUAUAUAUUUUCUUUUUGUAGUGAGAUAACAGUAUAUUCCAGGCAUUGGAUAAGAUAUAACUAGAUGUCUGGAUUAAUAUUUGUACACCUGAAGACAUAUCUUUGGAGUGAUCCCUGUGUCGCUUCAUAUCUUGCAUUUUUUCCGUCCAUUAUUUUCUUUCAAUUUUAUAUACAGUCCUUAAAGAAAAAAACACUAUCGGCAAUCAUAAAUCUGAUAAAACGUAUAUUUAAUGGAAUCCAACACUUGCAGAACUUGCUCACAAUGACAUUGAAAUGUAUGCUAAAUGAUGUCUAUAAUCACAGUAAUUGGUCUGCAACGUUUUGUUUCGAUGUGCGUUUUUGCUUGGCUUGUGUGUAAAAGGUAGAACAAUUCUGAUUUUGUUUUAAUAAAAAAAAGCUAUUUGUAA